AUGGAAUACGAGACUCUAACCGUUUGCUUCUCCCAUCGAUUCUCAUCCGAAAAAAAAGGAUUACGAUCUCAUCCAACAAGAAAGAAAACCGAAUCCUCAGUGACAACCUCCUACCGCUCUAUUGCCGCCAAAAAAUGCCUGCAACCCUGUAGUACCGAAUCCUCAGUGACAACCUCCUACCGCUCUAUUGCCGCCAAAAAAUGCCUGCAACCCUGUAGUGUUGGGAAUUUCGUUCUUGAGAAUUCAAGACGUACCGGAUCAGGAGACUUUGCUUUGUUUUGUCUACCGUCAAUCACCGCCACCAACCAUGUGAGCAAUUUCGUCCAAGAAUCAAGAUCAGGUUUCUGUCAACAACAACACCUGCCGUCAAUUACCACCACCAAACGUCAGCCACCAAACGCUUUUCUACGUUAUUCUUCACAACUCGAUUUCCAUUUCAGUAACUGCUUUCUUCACAUGCCUCCAAAACGACGACAUAUGGCUUCUACUUCCAAUACAAUAGUGUCCUGUCGUUCACGUCGAUCACGCAGGAGUUCACUUUUAGACGACAUACCAGCAUUGCCUUUUUAUUAUGACUGUGGGAAUUGUACCUGCGUAUGUGAGUAUUGUGGGGCUUUUUUUUGGUAUCAGGAGAGAGUAUUGUAUCUAUCUCGAGCCAAUCAUCCACGCUAUACCAAAUGUUGUAAGUCGGGUAAUGUAGUUCUUCCCUACCCUCUUCGUCCACCUAAUGUGCUUAUGCAAUUCUACGAAGAUGAUCACUUCAUGAAUAACAUAAGAGCAUAUAAUUCCAUGUUCUCUAUGACGUCUUUUGGUGCAAACGAAGACGACUCAAUCAAUAAAGGUCGUGCACCAUAUGUGUUUAAGGUUAGUGGUCAGAUUUACCAUUGGAUAGGAUCUUUUUAUCCUCAAGACGUUCAUCCACCCCGUUUUCUCCAAUUGUACAUGUGUGAUACUGAAAAUGAGGUUGCUAAUAGACUUCAUUCUUUUCAUGGUGAGGGCAAAGUACUUUUGUCUGCAGAUGUUGUAGAUUCCUUAAGUCAUAUGUUACAUACACAUAAUGAGUAUGUUCGUACAUUUAAGACUGCAAAAGAAAUAGCUCAGUCAAUGAAUUUAGAUUCAUAUGGUGUACGUUUAUUUAAUGUAGUACCUGACAGAAGAUAUGGGCCACCCGCCCCUGGAAGUUUAGGUUGUAUUGUUUGUGGUGAUGAUGUUACUGGGGCUAUGUAUGACAUUGUUGUCUAUUCAAAAAUUGGGUCACCUCAACGUGUUAGUAAGCUUCAUCCAACUUACAUGCCUUUGCAAUAUCCAUUACUAUUCCCGUACGGCGAAGAAGGAUGGUCUCCUGCCUUGAAUCUACGUAUUAACUCUAACAGAAGUUUAACAAAUAAUAUGUAUUACAGUUAUCAAAUUCAUGAUCGACACACUUACUCUCUUAUUUUACGUUCACGCCGUCUUUUCCACCAAUAUUUAGUGGAUGCAUAUACUUGCAUUGAACAAUCUAGGCUUGACUUUAUUGAACACCAUCAGCAACAAUUACGUAUAGAGUACAUCAACGGUGUUUACGAUGCUUUGUCCAAAGGUGAUACAGACAGUCGUGUCAUUGGAAAGCGUGUAUUUCUACCUGCAACUUUCGUUGGGGGACCUAGGUAUAUGUAUAAACACUAUCAGGACGCUCUUGCCAUUUGUAAGGUUCAUGGUAAGCCACAAUAUUUCAUCACUUUCACUUGCAAUGUUAAAUGGCCUGAGUAUAGAAGAUACAUGGAUGAUAUUGGUCAACGAGAUAUUCAAAACAGACCAGAUAUCAUUGCACGCAUCUUUAAAAUCAAAGUUCAUGCUUUCAUUAACUUCCUUAAAGAGGACAAAACUUUUGGAGAUGUCAACGCAUAUCUAUACACCAUUGAAUUCCAAAAAAGGGGUUUACCACAUUGCCAUACAUUAUUAUGGGUUACAUCACCCUUUAGAGUUCAAGAAGGUGCAGAUAUUGAUAAAUACAUAACCGCUGAGCUUCCUGAUCCUAUACUUGAACCAGCACUAUAUAGGACUGUUACUACAUGCAUGAUACAUGGUCCUUGUGGUUCACUGAAUAUUGGUGCCCCAUGUAUGGUAGAUGGUAAAUGUAUGAAACGAUUUCCUAAACCAUUCAACCCAUUAACAACUUUUGAUGAAAAUGGUUACAUGCAUUAUAGAAGACGUGAUGGAUCAUAUCAUGUCUUACAAAGUGGGGUUAGAACUGAUAACGGCUUUGUAGUGCCGUAUAAUAAACGUUUGUGUAGUCGAUUUGAUGCUCACAUCAAUGUGGAAUAUUGUGGUUGGAAUAUGAUGAUUAAGUACUUAUUUAAGUACAUUUCAAAAGGGGUUGAUCGUGUUCGUUUCACUCUUCAAACAUUAGAGGCAAAUACAACUGCUUCUUCCUCUACCAUACCUGUUGUUGUAAAUGAAAUCAAGUCGUUUCUUGAUGGUCGAUAUAUAUGUCCACACGAAGCAACAUGGCGCAUUCUCAAUUUUCCCAUUCAUGAACGAGAUCCACCUGUACAAGUCUUAGCCGUCCAUUUGGAGGGGAUGCAAACUACCGUUUUCAAAGAAAAUAGUCAAUUAGGCUCUUUAAUUGAUACCCCCGGUUUUGGUGUUACGACUUUAACGGAAUGGUUGCACAAUAAUCAACAUGAUGUUCGAGGAAUUGACUUGACAUACAAUGAUUACCCUUCUAAAUAUAUUUGGGACACCAAUGAUAAAAGAUGGAUUCAUAGGACUACCACAACAAAUACUACUAUUGGUAGACUUGCAUAUGUACAUCCAACAGCUGGGGAGUUAUUUUAUCUACGAAUUUUACUAUUCCAUCAAAAAGGAUGUAAAUCAUUCUAUGACAUUAGAACCGUUCGUGAAAACAUAUACUCAACUUUUCGUGAUGCAUGUGAAGCAUUAGGGUUAACUGGUGACGAUAAGGAAUGGCUAACAGCAUUUGAGGAAGCAUCGUCUUGGGCAACCUCAUCUGAACUUCGUUCUCUCUUCUGUCAUCUACUUUUGUAUUGUGAAGUAGGAAACCCUCUUUUGUUAUGGGAAGUCGCAAAACCUAAAAUGGGCGAUGACAUAGCCUAUACAUUAACAACCAAUUCUACAGAUCCCAAUGUAAUUCUACGUGUUGAUACACUAGAACAACAAAUACUUCUCGAAAUUCAAAAAACACUACUAGCUUCAACACCUUCCAAAUCACUUGCUGAUUUUGGAUUGCCAAUGCCAUGUCCAUCCCUCCUUUCCAUUCUAAAAAAUCGUCUUCUUCUUGAAGAGACUAAUUAUGAUACAAAUCUCUUGAUUUCUCAAAAUUCAUCCAUGGUAUCACAAUUAAAUCCAGAUCAACUUACAAUUUAUGAAAGAGUUGUGGAUGCUGAACGAAACAAAAACCAACUUCUAUUAUUUGUAUACGGAUCUGGUGGUACAGGAAAAACUUUUUUAUGGACGACUAUACUUUCAUAUUUUAGAUCUAAGGGAAAGAUAAUACUAGCUGUUGCCGCCUCAGGUAUUGCAUCCCUUUUGUUGCCUUUAGGUCGUACUGCUCAUUCUAGAUUUGUUAUUCCAAUUGACUUUACAGACAAGUCUUCCUGUAACAUUAAAAAAAAAACACAAUUAGCGGAACUCCUAAAGAGGACUUCUAUGAUCAUAUGGGAUGAAGCUCCAAUGAGUGAUCGUCGUUGCUUUGAGUUUCUGGAUAGAUCACUAAAAGAUGUCCUUGAAGAUGAUAACCAUCUUUUUGGUGGGAUGUCAAUUCUCCUAGGAGGUGACUUUCGACAAACUCUUCCCGUUCAACCUAAAAGUAGAAAAUCACAGAUAAUUAGCUUGACUCUACCUAAUUCCUAUCUAUGGUCACAUUUUACGGUAUUCAAAUUGCAUCAAAAUAUGCGUUUAGCCCAACCAGUUAAUUCAAAUAUGGAUGUUAAUCGAAUAUCACAAUUUGCUUCAUGGCUUCUCGAUAUUGGAAAUGGAAAUAUUAGAACACCGGACAAGAAUGAUCUAGAAAACACAAACAUUAUACAAAUACCUCAUUGUUUCCUUAUCGAAUCAGGAGACAAAGGAUUAGAAUCACUAAUACAUUUCGUAUAUGGCAAAGAUAUAAUUUCCAAUCCAUCGCCUGAAGAGUUAUCAGUUAGAGCCAUAAUUUGUCCGAAAAAUGAAACAGCUGAUCAAGUCAAUGAUUUAAUUCUAUCAAAAACUAAUAGUCAAGAAGUGGUAUACAACAGCUGUGAUUCUAUUAAAUCACAAACCCAUGAUAGCUUAGAAUUAGAUACCUUAUAUCCUCAAGAUUAUUUAAACAAUCUUCACUUUUCUGGUAUUCCUUCACAUAGAUUAAUUUUGAAAGUUAAUACCCCAGUUAUGCUAAUGAGGAAUAUCAAUCAAAGAGAAGGUCUUUGUAAUGGAACACGUUUAAUCGUUACACAACUAUUACCAUCUGUGAUUGAAGCUUCCAUAAUAACAGGAAUAUCUGUUGGGAAAAGGGUGUACAUUCCAAGAAUAAAAUUUGUACAUAAUACCUCUGACCUACCUUUCAUAUUUAUCAGAAAACAAUUUCCUAUUAAAGUAUGUUACGCAAUGACUAUAAACAAAAGUCAAGGACAAUCUCUUAAAAAGGUAGGUUUAUACCUCACAAACUCUGUUUUCACACACGGACAACUAUAUGUGGCUUUGUCUAGAGCUACCUCGCCAGAUUCAAUAAAGAUUCUGCUACAACAAGAAGAGGCAUUACCAUUCAACUGUACCAGAAAUGUCGUCUUCAAGGAUUUAUUAGCAAAAGUUAAUAUGCAAGAGAUAACAUGUAACAUUAACAAUAUUUUUUUUCUUAUUUGCAAAGCAAUCUCCUCAUACAUGGAUAGAAUAUCAAACCUUCAAUUUGGUUCACCAGGGAAUUCACUUGAAAUUCGUGUCUUGCGAAAAUGGACACUACAAUUUAGAAAGGACGAGACAUGGUUUAUCGUGAUUGACAAGCAUGGAGAUACAAUUCAACUACUUGCACAAAAGACAAAUCAAGGGUGCAUAGAAACUUCAUUAGUAGUCUCUCGAUGUUAUCGUAUUAAGGACUAUACAUGCACUGAGCCAGACAAAUAUCAAAAGGUGUUAAAUUACCCAGUACACAUGAAUAUUGGUGAAGCAUCAACAAUUGAGGAAAUUCCAAACCAUAAUGCCCUUCCUCUAACAUGGUUCUCCUUCAGUCCGAGAUCACACUUUCAAAUAAUAGCAGACAAAAACUUGGAGCAUCCAGAUUUCAUAGGCGUACUCAUCGACAUGAAAGAUCGCACAAAAAAAAACAAGGAACCAUUCAUAGUUAUCACUCUAACUGAUGAAAAUGCGGAAGAGAUUACCAUACUCUUAUGGAAGGAAUGCAUAGAUAUGCCAGGCAAAUUCAACCGAAAUGCCCUUACAUCAAACUCUAACACGGUUGUACUAGCUUUCACCAAUGUCAAGUCCACUAUGUACAAUGGAAGAUUAACAUUGACAAGCACCAGCGCCACACACAUGUACGUCAAUCCUAAAAUACCAGAAACGGACAAACUCAUUACAAGAUAUGGUACCCAAUUUCAUUCAAAAUCAACAGCAACUGUGAUAAAUACUACAUUACAACGUUUAAAAACCUCAAAUUUCUCUCAAAUAGUGGACAAAAUAUAUGUUUUAAAGACCACACUAUCUGAUUUCACAUUCAAAGAUGAAUGGUACCAUGUACCAUGUACCACAUGUGGUAAAUCAACCCACAAAAAAGGUGAUGGAUGGUUUUGUGUUUCCCAUGGGCCCAUAAAUGAACCAAAACUUUUUUAUAAAAUCUCAGCAGUACUCGAAGACAAUACAGAUACCACAACAGUUUUCAUGUCUAAUGAAGCAACCCAAACUUUGGUAAAUGCGAGUGCACAAGAAAUCAUAGACCGCUUUCCCAGUCAAGAUAGAAAAACUUUACCUCAACCACUCGAACGUUGCAAAGGGUUGACAAAAAAUGUCUAUGUAGAAUGCACAAAACUUUCAUCCACUAAAAAUAUCCGUUUCACAGUCACCACAAUCACUGACAUAAAGACUCUACAACCAAUAGAACAACAAACAACACCUUCAACACCAAUCAAACAACAAACAGCAACUAUGGAGUCCCUCACCCCUACUAAAUCAUGUGAAACUGGAAAACGCCUACAAAUGGAACAUACAGAAACACCAAAAAAACCACGUUCAAAACGAGAGAAAUACAAAUGCCAUGGUGAAGCAGACGAAGGAACACAUCCCAAAAAGCAGUGAAUCUAUGUGAUCUUUUCAUAACAUACUUACAGUUACCCUAUACUCUCUAUAUAAUAUUGCUUUUCGUCCAUAUUCAAUAAGAACUGUCAUAUAAUGUUAACAAAAAUAAUCUGUAAAUAUUCAUUAAAACUGUUAAAUUAAUAAUAAUAAUAAAAAACAGACAAUUGUUGUGAUC